UAACGCGUAAGUUACGUAUGACGUACCGCAUCCGUAAUUUUGUAAAUUUUUCGCUUUUGUCGUGAAUUUGUUCUCUCAGAUAAAAAUUAUGUAGGUAUUUACGUAGGUAGUAUCAUUACCUACGUAGAAUCAAGUUGCGCAGGACUUUCAUAUAGGUACUUUCGAUGAUAUUUGAGUGAUGAUUUCACGCAUGCUAUUGCUAGGCGCAAAUAUGAUGAGCACAUACUUGCGGUCAUCCUCCAUGUGACGAUAGAUAUCAUGAAUUAUAGAAUAGUUUUCGACGUGAUUUAAUAAAAUUUAAUAAAAUUACACACAGGGCCAUUGGCUAUGAUAUUUUAAAAACGUUUCGUAAUAGUCAUAUUAUAAUGGCAGGUUUGAAAUUAAAUUUAAUAACGAUUGGGCUGUGUUUUAUUUUCGCGUCGAUUUUCCACUCCAAAUGUGACGAUGCUGUAGGAAUACAAAGUGGACCUGAGCUUGAAAAUAAUGCGAGUACAACGCCCAUCCCACAAAUACUAGAACCCAAUUGCAAUGCAAUGCCUUCAACUCUUCCACCUUUCAUUAGUGAUAUUCAAUUCAUCGGUGUCCUUCUCAUAAGCGUAUUUGCUUUGAUCUGUAUGAUGUAUUUUCUGUACCUGAAAACAGUGGAAAUUAAAUCAAAACUGUGCCCAUGCAACGUGCAACAAAUGAAUCAACCCGAAAUUCGAAGCGGACGAGAUAGAUCCUUCACUCGAACUAGUCAAUUCUCCGAAAAAGAACGCGUUUACGAAAGUCCUGAAAUAUUGAAAGGACGUCCAUAUCCUCAAGAACAACCAGCACCAGAAUAUGAAGAAUUACGCAAUUUUCAAGGACCCAGUGCAAGUAAAGAUGAAAACUUCAAUUUCGAGCAUUUGCCAUCAUCAAACACCAGUGAAAAUCAGAUACUCAAUUCGAAAAUCUUUCAUAAGAAAAAAUUCAAUGACAGAUUUUAACGAAAUAAAUAAACAUGUACAUACCUAUAUAAAUUAUUGUACAUAUUAAAAUAGAUCUUACAUCUUAGGUCAGUUUUUCAAACUGAUUUUCAUAGAUGGAUCAUACAGAGAUAACUAUGUAAAAAUUACCUAUCUGUGUACUUUUUGCAAUUCAAUUGUUUGUAAGAAUAAAAAUUAUGGCUAGAAAAGAGGGGAAGAAAAUUUAAUUAAUAAUGGUUUUUCUUGCACAUUUAUUUUCCUUUGCUGUCUCAAUAGGUACUCAU